CAUUUAAAUGCGGUGACAGUCUCCCGUUACCAUUUACCAUUUACCAUUUGCACUUUGCGUAGUUUAUGUGAUUUCCCACUGCUAACUGCAGAAUGUGGAAUAACUCUUGGUGGCCACUGAAUGCGAUUGCCUGAGGUCACAGAAGCACUCCCGAUACGGCGUAUAAAUAGUGGUAUGAAAUGUGUUGGACGGCAUCAGACAAGUUCAAGUUUUCGAACCUAAAGCACCAGAUCCAUAAUCAAAAUGUUCAAAUCCGCCGUCGUCGUUCUCGCUCUCGUCGCCUGCGCUGCUGCCAAGCCUGGACUCCUGGGUGCUCCCCUGGCAUACACUGCUCCUCUGGCCUACUCUGCUCCUGCUGCCGUGGUAGCUGCUCCCGCUCCAGUUGUGACCGCCACCAGUAGCCAGGUGAUCGCCAGGAACUACAAUGGAAUUGCCGCUGCUCCUGUGAUUGCUCCCGUGGCUGCUCCUGUGGUGGCCAAGUACGCUGCUGCUCCUUUGGCCUACGCUUCUCCUUUGGCCUACUCCGCUCCUCUGGCUUACACUUCUCCAUUGGCUUAUAAAGCGCUUCCGGCUGCCGCUCCAGUUCUUCUGUAA